CGCGUCCUGGAGCGGAGGCCGCCGCAGCCGCCGAGUAGCCGGCAGCUGCUGACGCGCCGCGGGCCCGCGCCCUUCCCUGCUCGUCCUCUCGGUGCCUCUUCUCAGCCCCGGGUGUCCACGCCGGGCCCCCGCACAGCUGGCCGAGUCGCCGGCCGGACGCCCGACUCGGGCGGACGCUGCGCCGAGGAGCCGCGCGGCCCGGCGCACACGGAAGUAGUUGGAAAUUUUACCGUGAGAAUUUUGAGAGCACUGGAUGAUGGUAUCCUUGUCUUCUCUUCAGUGCAUCUAUUGGCUUUGAAUGGACUUUGGAAAGUAAAGAAGAAAAUCCAGUCUGCUUUUCAAGGACACUGGACAACCGAAUAAAUGCAGUAUCUAAACAUAAAAGAGGACUGCAAUGCCAUGGCGUUCUGUGCUAAAAUGAGGAGCUUCAAGAAGACUGAGGUGAAGCAGGUGGUCCCUGAGCCAGGAGUGGAAGUGACCUUCUAUCUGUUGGAUAGGGAGCCACUCCGCCUGGGCAAUGGAGAAUACACUGCGGAGGAGCUGUGCAUCAAGGCCGCCCAGGAGUGCAAUAUUUCUCCUCUUUGUCACAACCUCUUCGCCCUGUACAAUGAGAGCACCAAGCUCUGGUACGCUCCGAACCACAUCAUCACUGUGGACGACAAGCUGUCUCUCCGGCUCCACUACCGCAUGAGGUUCUACUUUACCAACUGGCAUGGAACCAAUGACAAUGAGCAGUCUGUAUGGCGGCAUUCUCCAAAGAAGCAGAAAAAUGGAUAUGAAAAGAAAAAGGUUCCAGAAGCAACCCCACUCCUUGAUGCUAGUUCACUGGAGUAUUUGUUUGCGCAGGGACAGUAUGAUUUGAUCAAAUGUCUGGCUCCCAUUCGGGACCCCAAGACGGAGCAGGAUGGACAUGACAUUGAGAAUGAGUGCCUGGGGAUGGCUGUUCUGGCCAUCUCACACUAUGCCAUGAUGAAGAAGAUGCAGUUGCCAGAACUUCCCAAAGACAUCAGCUACAAGCGGUAUAUCCCAGAAACAUUGAAUAAAUCCAUCAGACAGAGGAACCUUCUUACCAGACUGAGAAUAAAUAACGUUUUCAAGGAUUUCCUGAAGGAAUUUAACAACAAGACCAUCUGUGACAGUAGUGUGUCCACACAUGACCUGAAGGUGAAAUACCUGGCUACCUUGGAAACUUUGACAAAACAUUAUGGAGCUGAAAUAUUUGAGACGUCUAUGCUACUGAUUUCAUCAGAAAAUGAAUUGAGUCGGUCCCAUUCGAAUGACAGUGGCAACGUUCUCUAUGAAGUCAUGGUGACUGGAAAUCUUGGAAUCCAGUGGCGGCAGAAACCAAAUGUUGUUCCUGUUGAAAAGGAAAAAAAUAAACUGAAGCGGAAAAAACUGGAAUAUAAACACAAGAAGGAUGAGGAGAAAAACAAACUCCGGGAAGAUUGGAACAAUUUUUCCUAUUUCCCCGAAAUCACCCACAUUGUAAUAAAGGAGUCUGUAGUCAGCAUUAACAAGCAGGACAAUAAAAACAUGGAACUGAAGCUCUCUUCUCACGAGGAGGCCUUGUCCUUUGUGUCCCUGGUAGAUGGCUACUUCCGGCUCACAGCAGAUGCCCACCAUUUCCUCUGCACCGAUGUGGCUCCCCCACUGAUUGUCCACAAUAUACAGAAUGGCUGUCACGGUCCAAUCUGCACAGAAUAUGCCAUCAAUAAGCUGCGACAAGAAGGGAGUGAGGAGGGGAUGUAUGUGCUGAGGUGGAGCUGCACUGACUUUGACAACAUCCUCAUGACCGUCACCUGCUUUGAAAAGUCUGAGGUGUUGGGUGGCCAGAAGCAGUUCAAGAACUUUCAGAUUGAGGUGCAGAAGGGCCGCUACAGCUUGCAUGGCUCUGUAGACCACUUCCCCAGCCUGAGAGACCUCAUGAACCACCUUAAGAAGCAGAUACUGCGCACAGACAACAUAAGCUUUGUACUGAAGCGCUGCUGUCAACCGAAGCCCCGAGAAAUCUCCAAUCUGCUGGUAGCCACCAAGAAAGCCCAGGAGUGGCAGCCUGUCUACCCCAUGAGCCAGCUGAGUUUUGAUCGGAUCCUUAAGAAAGAUAUUAUACAAGGUGAGCACCUCGGCAGAGGCACAAGAACACAUAUCUACUCCGGCACCCUGCUGGACUACAAGGAUGAUGAAGGGAUUGCUGAAGAGAAGAAGAUAAAAGUGAUCCUCAAAGUCCUAGACCCCAGCCACAGGGACAUUUCUCUGGCUUUCUUUGAGGCAGCCAGCAUGAUGAGACAGGUUUCCCACAAACACAUUGUGUAUCUCUAUGGUGUCUGUGUCAGAGAUGUGGAAAAUAUCAUGGUGGAAGAGUUUGUGGAGGGGGGACCAUUGGAUCUCUUCAUGCACCGGAAAAGUGAUGUACUUACAACCCCCUGGAAGUUUAAAGUUGCCAAACAACUGGCCAGUGCCCUGAGUUACUUGGAAGAUAAAGACCUGGUCCAUGGAAAUGUGUGCACUAAAAACCUUCUCUUAGCCCGUGAAGGCAUUGACAGUGAGAUUGGCCCAUUCAUCAAGCUUAGUGAUCCUGGCAUCCCGGUCUCUGUGCUGUCCAGGCAAGAGUGCAUAGAGCGAAUCCCCUGGAUUGCUCCUGAGUGUGUUGAAGACUCCAAGAACCUGAGCGUGGCUGCUGACAAGUGGAGCUUUGGAACCACACUCUGGGAAAUCUGCUACAAUGGGGAGAUCCCCCUCAAAGACAAGACCCUGGUGGAGAAAGAGAGAUUUUAUGAAAGCCGCUGCAGGCCAGUGACUCCAUCUUGUAAGGAGCUGGCUGACCUUAUGACUCGCUGCAUGAACUAUGAUCCCAAUCAGAGACCCUUCUUCCGGGCCAUCAUGAGGGACAUUAACAAGCUGGAAGAGCAGAAUCCAGACAUUGUUUCAGAAAAGAAGCCAACAACAGAGGUGGAUCCCACUCAUUUUGAAAAGCGUUUCCUGAAGAGGAUCCGUGACUUGGGAGAGGGCCACUUUGGGAAGGUCGAACUCUGCAGAUAUGAUCCUGAGGGAGACAACACAGGGGAACAGGUGGCCGUCAAGUCCCUGAAGCCAGAGAGUGGAGGUAACCACAUAGCUGAUCUGAAGAAGGAGAUAGAGAUCUUACGGAACCUCUACCAUGAGAACAUUGUCAAGUACAAAGGAAUCUGCAUGGAAGAUGGGGGGAAUGGUAUCAAGCUCAUCAUGGAGUUUCUGCCUUCGGGAAGCCUAAAGGAAUAUCUGCCAAAGAAUAAGAACAAAAUUAACCUCAAACAGCAGCUAAACUAUGCCAUCCAGAUUUGUAAGGGGAUGGACUACCUGGGUUCUCGACAGUAUGUUCACCGGGACUUAGCAGCAAGAAAUGUCCUUGUUGAGAGUGAACACCAAGUGAAAAUUGGAGACUUUGGUUUAACCAAAGCAAUCGAAACUGAUAAGGAGUACUACACAGUCAAGGAUGACCGUGACAGCCCGGUGUUUUGGUACGCUCCGGAAUGUUUAAUCCAAUGUAAAUUUUAUAUCGCCUCUGAUGUGUGGUCUUUUGGAGUGACACUGCACGAGCUGCUCACCUACUGUGACUCGGAUUUUAGUCCCAUGGCCUUGUUCCUGAAAAUGAUAGGCCCAACUCAUGGCCAGAUGACAGUAACACGGCUUGUGAAUACUCUGAAAGAAGGAAAGCGCCUGCCAUGUCCACCCAACUGUCCUGACGAGGUUUAUCAGCUCAUGAGAAAAUGCUGGGAAUUCCAACCAUCUAAUCGGACGACGUUUCAGAACCUUAUAGAAGGAUUCGAAGCACUUUUAAAAUAAGAAGCAUGAGUAACUUUAAAAUUUCCAUUUAUCAAGUCCUUCUCUCCCAAGCCAUUUAAAAACUGUUUAAUGAAAGUUUGUAUUCUGCCUAAAAAGCCACUCAACAAAUACUUGAGUAUAUGUCACAUCGUAAAUUUAGUGAAAAAUGAUGACAACCAAACUAGAAUGUGCCUAAGCACUCCUUUUGGACAGAUUAUAUGAUCAGUUGCCUAGCAAAGGACUUUUGGCACUGUUUUGCUGGCAAUAUUGAUCUAAGAUAAAAAAAACCGGUGGACUUGGCUGAAACUCUCCCUUGCCCUGAAAUCUCACUAUCUAUACAGUGAUAGUCCAAUUGAAUAGGUACCAUUUAGUAUACUAGUUUCCAUUACAAAAAAAAAAAAAGUCUGUUCCUGCUACCCAGUAGGACUGCAAUUUCAGGCUGUUUGUGCAGAGGGGCCCAGCUGCUGUUCUCUUGGCUAAGCACUGAUACCCACUGCGGGAAAACUGGCUCUGCACAGGGAGAUAACCUGGCACACACUCUGCAUGUCACUUCUUGAGAACUAGGCCUGUGCCCAUGCUCUCCUGCACAGCCUGCUUUCCUCACACAGGCUCCUCUGACCUGGAUGCUGUUCCUCCUGCCUGUAAGAAAUGUCAGUGCAUACCCCUCCUAACCACCUCUGUGGGAAAGCUGUCACAGUACUGCAAACAGAAGACAAUACCAUCUACAAAGGUUAAUCACUGCUUUGGCCAUCUGCCUAUACUGCAAAACUACCAAGAGAAGACUCAGCCCAGGGGCACAACAGACUGAAGUUCAGAAUUUACUAGGCAGUUCUCAGUUUGCUUGGAGAUAGCUAGGUAAUCAAUGUUCAGUUUCUGAUUCAAUGUGAACCACGAAGUUCUUCAUGACCAAGAGUUUGGCAAACUUAUUAGUGCUGUUUAAUACUUGUUUGAUAUUUUUCCCCUUUUGAGCCCCCCUCACAGAUUUCAAGAUCUCUUUAAUAGCAACUGUACAGUUGCUAUUUAAAUUUGUUUAGUUGCUGUACUUGUCAAACCUGUGGCCUGCUCUAUAUGCACUUUGUUUACUCUUUAUACAAAUAAACAUACUAAAGACUUCA